CGUGCCAGCUCCGCGAUGCCGCCUCCGGAGCCCAUGCCCGGCUACGGGGAGCUGCUGCGCCGGGGCUACGGCAGCCUGGCGGCGGCGGCGCGGGGCUGCGGGGACUGCGGCUGGGAGCUGGCGCUGCGCACCUGGGCCGAGAACGCGCACCUGGGCUGGGCCGAGGUGCUGCUGUGCGGGAUCUGCGCGCUGGGCUGGACCGCGCUGCGCCGCGCCUGCUCCCGCCGCCUCUUUCGGCCCUUAGGGGAGUGGUGCCAGCUGCAGCCCAAGGAUGCUGCCAAGAUGCCCGAGAGUGCCUGGAAGUUGUUUUUCUACUCGGUGUCGUGGUCCUACGGCGCCUACCUGCUCUUCGGCACCGACUACCCCUUCUUCCACGACCCCCCCUCCGUCUUCUACGGCUGGCAGCGGGGCAUGGAGGUGCCCGGGGACAUCGCCCUGGCGUACCUGCUGCAGGGCAGCUUCUACGGGCACUCCCUCUACGCCACGGCCUACAUGGACACGUGGCGCAAGGACUCGCUGGUGAUGCUGCUGCACCACGUGGUCACCCUCACCCUGCUGGCCUCCUCCUACGCCUUCAGGUACCACAACGUGGGUGUCCUGGUGCUGUUCCUGCACGAUGUCAAUGACGUGCAGCUCGAGUUCACCAAGCUCAACGUGUACUUCAAGCACCGCGGCGGCGCCUUCCACCGCCUCAACGACCUCCUGGCCAACGCCGGCUGCCUGGCCUUCAGCGUCAGCUGGUUCUGGUUCCGUCUCUACUGGUUCCCCCUCAAGGUGCUCUACGCCACCUGCCACUCCAGCCUCCAGUCCGUGCCCAACAUCCCCUUCUACUUCUUCUUCAACGCCCUGCUGCUCGUGCUCACCCUGAUGAACAUCUACUGGUUCCUGUACAUCGUGCUGUUCGUGGCCAAGGUGCUGCUGGGGCAGAUGCAGGAGGUGAACGAUGUCCGUGAGUACGACCUGGAGGAGAGCAGGAAACCCGGCAAGGAGCCCGGGAUCCAACUGCCGCGGGCUCUGAAGGAAGGGCUGCACCUCAAGAACGGCCUCGUCAAGGACAAGAGGUUGUGAGGGCGGCGCGGCCGCAGGGCUGGCACUGCCCAGGAACCCUGCCAAGGACAGGCCCGAGGAGAACUGUCCCCCUGCCCCCCUGCCAGCCCUGGGGAGGACAGGCCACGGCCAGGACAGGGCCCCUCGGGGCUGGGCUGUGCCCUGGCCCUGUCCCCUGCACCUGCGGGCUCCCAGUUUGGCCCAGUUUGGCCGGGACACUGGUGGCUGUGCUGGCCAGGUGGGACCUGGGGCUGCCUUUGUGUCCCCGGUGUUGCUCCACGUCCCCAGCCCCGCUGUGACACCCCCGGACCCUCCCUCUGAGCCCUCCCAGCUGCUCCAGCCUGGGCAGCAGAGCUCCUGUCCUGCCCUGGGAAGGACCCCUGAGGCCAGCUGUGCUCCAGCUGUGCCCCAGGCCCCAGC